GCUGAGUGAAUGGCGCGCGAGUUGCUGAACUCUCCCGCUCUCUCUUAUCGCUAGCCAACUUUGAAAACUGCUCAUGUUCCUUUACGUGACUAACCUUCAAAUGUCUGAUGAGGUUCGUGGUGUUAAAAUGCUUUGGGUGCUUCCCGCCUCAUGGAAUUGGAUGGUUACACAGGUUGCAGAUUGCUAAUGUCUUUUUCACACAACACGUAGAAUUGCUAGACCGGUGAAGCCAUUUUAGCAGCGCGCAAAAAAAUUCUCUCGCGAGUUUUGCAUCAUCUGAUCGGCUUUUCUAUAUCGGCCAUUAUCCUCCUGAGACCCGGUAAUUCAUUUUUGGGCACUGUAGUACACAUUUAGUUUUUGCUUAUAGCUCCCAUAAUAUACAUGCCACUUUGUUAAGUGCUGUUGCAUUUUAAAGCAGACAACUGUAGCUUUAAAAUGAUGUCACAUGUGUGGGGGUGUGACCUUGCCAACUCCCCCAUUUCUGUCUUUUCAAAAUGGCUGCCGUCUCCACAAGCACAUUUUAUGGAAGAAAGAUUCAUGCCUGUGUUGGAACAACACAGAAUUGAAGAUGAUGGUUCCCCAAUGACUCGUACUGGUUGGAGCCCACAGCAGUACUUCCAGCAGUACAUUGGUGAAAAACUAAUUCAGGACCUGUCCUUCUUCACCAACCAGCGUAUGGUACAGGAUUCAGGGUGUAGUUUAAAGACAACGGCAGAAGAGAUCAACACCUUUUUAGGAAUCUCUGUACAUGGCAUGCCUUGGAUAUCCAAGAAUCAAAAUGUAUUGGACUGCCAAAACAAGAGUCCCAAUUAUAGCUGAUUCUAUGACACGUGAUCGUUUCUUCAAGAUCAGGUCUUCACUGAAAGUGGUGAAUGAUCUGGAUGUGCCAGAAGAUGAAAAGAAAAAGGAUCCCCUGUGGAAAGUCAGACCUGUUAUGAAGAGAGUCCUCCAAGGUUGCCUCAACCUACCUAGACCAACAAAGAUCUGUAUUGAUGAACAGAUUGUGCCGUUCACAGGCCGUUGUCCGGUUCGUCAGUUUGUACCUGGGAAGCCAAAUCCAACAGGAUUAAAGGUGUUCGUUCUUGCAAGUCCAGGUGGCUUAGUACUGGAUUUUGAAACCUACAUGGGAAAGAACACCUUCACUCAAGUCCAACAGAUGGGAAUAGGUGGAAAUGCAGUCCUGCGUUUGACUGAGACACUUCCCAGAGGAUCACUGGUCUACUUUGACCGGUAUUUUACCACCAUCAGUGUUCUGGAUGCUCUUAAAAAAAGGGGCCUCUCUGCUACAGGAACAAUUCAAAAGAAUCGCAUCCCAAAAGAGUGCCGCUUCACUGCUGACAACAUCCUGAGCAGAAAACCAAGAGGGUCAUCAGAAAUGAUUGUACGGAGACCGGAUGAAAUAGCAGUCACCAAGUGGAUGGACAACAAGCCUGUUGUUAUGGCAUCGACUGCCCAUGGAAUUGAGCCCCAGAAUACCUGUUCCAGAUGGUCAAAGAAAGAAAAGAGGCGAAUCCAAGUCCCAAGACCUGCAGUGGUUGCAGAAUAUAACAUCAAUAUGGGAGGGGUGGACAUGUGUGAUAGAAUGCUCAGUUUCUAUAGAAUGUCCAGCAGGACCAAGAAGUGGACUGUUCACACCAUACUUCACUUCAUUGAUUUGGCCAUCACCAACUCAUGGCUUCAGUACCGACAAGAUAACCAGGCCUUGCAACAAGCUGCAAAGAACACCUCCCAGUACCUGGAGUUCAAACUCCUUUUGGUCGAGGAACUGAUAACUCGGGGACAAACAUGUCAACAAGACCUGAGUGAAUCAAGUGAUGAAGAGUUUUCUCCACAAAUCAAGAAAAGGAAGCCCCACCCAGAUGAGGCAAUAAGAAAAUAUGGUGCAGUUCACCUGCCUGAAAUGGUUGACAUUCCACGUCUUUUCAGGUGCAGAAUGCCUGGGUGCAACAGCAAAACGUAUGUGAGAUGUGUGAAGUGUCAAAUGUUCCUCUGUGUCUCCAAAAAAUCACAGUGCUUCCUCAGAUAUCAUAAAUGAAUGUGUUUCUGUGUUGUUUUUAAUGGAAAUAUGUUCAAUAUUUUUUGAUAUCCUGCUCACAAAGAUUUCAGUGCAGUCUUCAAUUUUCAUAAUGAGCUCUUGAAUUUUCUUGAUCUUUCACAGUAAUGACAUCCUGUUGUGCACUGAAGUGCACAUGUUGUAAAAUUUAAAUAAAGUUAGGUACAAAAAAAAUAAUGU